GAAUAAUGCUACGAAUUUAAAGUCUGUCCUUCAGCUCUUCGUUUUCUGAGCUAAACUAAAACAUGAGCAAGCGUUGUGAUAUUGUCAACCUCAAUGUUGGUGGUCGAAAGUUUUCUACUUCCCGCAAUACACUUUUGUGGAACAAAAACUCAUUUUUCAGCAUAUUACUUGAUGGUGCCUUGCCUACACUAAGAGAUGAAUCAGGGGCUAUAUUCAUAGAUAGAGAUCCAGAUAUGUUCAGUGUCAUUCUCAACUACCUACGAACUAGUGAGGUCAAUCUUAAUGGUGUAGAUAUUAAUUCACUCAAGAACGAAGCUCAGUUUUACGCGCUGGACUCUCUAGUUAAGAAACUAUCUUUAUGUGAAGAAAAUCUUCUAGGCAAAUGUGGAGACCUACUGUUCCAUGCUUACAUGCCCUCACCAGAAUUCAUAUUGGAUGAAUCUGGGAAAAACUUCAGGUGGGGUGCAAAUAAAGACAGCCAAUGUGGUAAUCAUUCUAGUCCUGGAAAUAAUGUAGGCCUACUGACUUACACCACUGCUAGUUUAUCUAUGAAAAAAAAAUCGAAUGCGAUGAUAAAAGGCUCCGAAAAUUUGCAACACACAAUAAAGAAUUCACCGAUUAAGACACGGACGACUAAUUCAUUGCGUGAUGCUUCUAAUUGUGGUACAAACAGAACUAAAGAUAACGGAAAUACAUCUAAGCAUGACUAUCUACCCGACUGUCCUACACAAAAAAUUCUUGACGAGUCAAUGGCAAGUGCGUCGAAUCCAAUUAAUCAAUCAACUAGUCAGGAUUUUGAAAGUAAUGAUUUACACUCAGCCAAUCCCGAGUUGCAUCAUAAACCUGUAACCUUACUUGUUUGUCAUCAAAGCAUAAUGGCUGCUGCUUACUCCGAUUGUGUAGGUGUAUUCUCGUUAAAAGAUCCUAUUGGUUGGCAUGUAACAUGGUUAAGUCCUAUCUUGCCAGGACCGAUUGAUCGAAUUGCUCUUACUGGAAAAGCACCGAACCAAAACAGUUUCAGUCCUAAUCCUACUCAACCUGGAAUAACAACCACAUCUCUAUUCCCUUUAAAUGCUACAAUGAACUCAUCAAAUAUAAAUCCAGUUGGGAGUAAUUCAACAAACGUUAGUAUAAGCAAUAAUAGUAAUAAUAAUAAUAAUUCGAAUGGCUUUAAUCAACCAUUGUCGAAUAAUGUCAUGAAUUCAAGUUUCAAUACAAGUUCUAACUUUCCUACUAAUUUACCCUCACAGAAUACAUCAUCACAAUGCAAUCAGGCUUCUAUAUCUGGGCCGAAUAAUUUGCCUUCCGUGAUAAACUCAUCUUCAUCUAGUUGUGGAGGAUGUACAUUAGCUGUAGCUGUUGGAUCAACUAUUAGACUGUGGUAUUUAUAUCCACCAUCGGGAUUAAUCUCUGCAGUUGUCUCAUAUGCUGGUACAUAUGGAGUAACUACAUCACCUGCUACUUAUUUUCUCUCUCCAUUAUACCCAUUCAUGCCUAUGCAAGAUGUAAAAAGCUUGGAUAAUUAUCCACCGUUAGCUAAAAUUAAAGAACCUUGGACUUGUGAAAUGGUUGGUCAAUAUGAUUUAAAUAGACGUUCAGUAGAUUAUUUAUUAUUUAUUGGUGCUCAUCUCGUCGCACUCAGUCGAUAUGGUUUAGUUGGUGUUCGACAUGUAAUGACUAAUGCAUGGCAAGUAUGGAGUACUGUCCCUAUAUUAAGCUAUGCUGUUGCCGGUUCUGAGUUGUUACUUUUAGGCUGUGCAAGCGGAUGUAUAUGCAGUAUAAAUAUACAAAAGUUCCCUUUACGUAUAGUAGAUAAUGAUCUUUUAGUCACAGAAAUGUAUCGUGAUCCAUUACGUGAUCCAAUCACUGCUCUCAGUGUACAUUUAUCUCCAAAAACAUCUUAUUCAAGCCGUAAUUGGAUGGAAAUUGCCUAUGGUACAUUAUCUGGUCGUGUAUGCCUAAUAGUUCAACAUCCAGAAACGGUUGGUUACAGUCCUCAAUUGUUUCAAACUUUUAAUGUUCAUCGGUCAAUGGUUACACGUGUUGUAUUAUCAGAGAAAUAUUUGAUCUCAGUGUGCAAUGAAUUUCAUCACGUCCGUACAUGGAAGGUGACACGUUUCCGUGGAAUUAUCAGUACACAACCGAGUUCCACACCCGUAGGUUCAUUUCAUAUGACUAUACUGGAUACAAAUAAUGCCACACAACAAUUAGUCGAUUGUAUUUUAGAAGCUGCUCAAAAAUGUCAUAAACAAAAUUUGAAUUCAACAACACAGAAUGAAAUAGUUCGAGCUCAUUCUGUCCUUGGCACUAAUUUAUCACGUAAUAAUAAUAAUAAUAAUAAUAAUAAUAAUAAUAAUAAUAAUAAUGAUACAGUUAAUGAUACAUCGAAUCGUAUCAAUCCCUUAUCUUACAAUUCGUCCCACCGGCAUCCACAUGGUUCAAAUUCACGUUCAUCUAGUGCUCAAGGUGUUUCGCAUGAUUUAUUGACUUCUCCAUCAACAUCCUCACCAUUAUCAUCAUCUCAAUCUGAUACUCACCAGCAAAAUAAUUUCAACGCCAAUAUGUCAGCUGUUUGUUCAUCGAAUAGACUUCAGUCACUUGAUAUAUCAUCAAAUAUAAUUCAAUCGAAUUCGUCUAAUGCUCUUAGAUCAAAUCUAGGUAAUGAAGCAGAAGGACUUGGUGAUAUGUUUGCAAAUACACAAUCAGAUAUCGUUGUUCUUCCACGUACAACAUGGCUUCAUGAAGAUGCCUCUGGGUUACACAAUCAAUCCGAUAAUGAGUUGUGCAGUUCAAAUGAUCAAACUGAUACAAAUUCCUCGGAGAAUAACCUCAAUACUGUGACUAAUACCAAUACUAUUGAUAAUGAUGUUACUAACAAUCAUAAUAGUAAUCAUCGAGCCAAAAAUCGUUCAUCAUCUGCUUGUAGAGGUUUACAGCAGUCUGUUCGACGUUAUGAUAAUGAAUGCACUAAUUGUAAUAAUAAUAAUAAUAUCAAUAUGAAUAGUUGUAAAACUAGUAACCAAAAUAAUAAUACCUCUAUUACUGAUACUUCUACUAGUAAUAAUCAUAAUAGUACGCAUAAACACACAAUUCGUCCAAUAAUUGAUGUGCAUAAACAUGCUAAUAAUCCUGGUCCAUACGGCGAACGAGAAGAUGUUUUGGUAUUUGUACAAAAAUUAACACCUCAAGCCAAUCAGUUAUUUGUACGUUUAGCUUCUACGGGUAAAAGGAUAUGUGUUAUUCACUCUGUUGAUCGAAGUUCUAUCACUUCGUUUACUGUACAUGAACAUGAUGGAUUUAAUCGAGUUGGUGCUCAUCCAAGACGAUAUAUAUUUACAGGUCAUUCAAAUGGUACGAUUCAAGUUUGGGAUUUAACAACAGCAUUGAAUCUUUCAAGAACUGGUUCCGGUUUACCUGGUCCUAUAAUGACUAUUCCGAAUUCAUCAACAAUGAAUACAGAUGGAACAUACAAUUUUUCGCACGAAAUCACAUCUUAUCCUAAUGGGAUAAUUAAUAAUAUGAAUUCUUAUGGAGGGAACACUAUGCUUAUGAUUGGUGCCAAUUCUAAUGGAUUGUUAAAUAAUUCAAACAAUGUUCAAAUUUAUCCUAAUCAUAUUUAUUAUAAUAAUCAAUGUUUAUAUGGUACAGAUUAUUAUCAUAGUUGUUUUAUUGGUGGACCGACAUCAUCGGAAUUAUUAAGAUUAUUAGAAAAUUGUCAGCUUGGUUUCUCAUCUGGUGCAUCCAGUAUGACAGCUUUAUGCUCAGAACGUUUAACACCGGCAGAUUCAUUAAAUUCAAUUAUUCACCAUUCAGGUUUGUGAUAUUGAUUUGGAAACUUUUUCAUUUCUCGCCCUCCUACUCCUCCUCCUCCUCAUCAUCAUCAUCAUAAGAAGAUUGUUUCUGAACUAUUUAUAUACCAUCACCUUAUUGACUUUUUGAUUAAAUCAUCGAAAACUUUAUUUUUAAUAUUAUGUAACAAUCAUAUCAAAUAUAUGAUUUAGAAAAUCUCUUUAUUAUCUAACUAACUAACACAUUGUUCUGUUUGCACAAUUUAGGAAACAUUAUUAAUUAGACACAAACUACCAGUUUUGUACUCACUGUAUCUUGUCGACCGGUUUAUUCUUUAUUUUAUUUUAUUUAUUUAUUUAAUGAAUCGAACUGAAAAAAGGGUUACUGUUACUCUCUCCCUCUCUCCCUCUUUCUCCUUCUCCAUAUAGUAUAAUCAUUGCAUUGUCAAUCAACAUCAUUAGAUCCUUUUCUUUCUGUCAGUUUCAUUCAUUUAAUUCUGUACUCAUCUGGUUAUUCUUCUUAUUAUUUUCUCUUUUUUUCUUCUUCAUUCCUUGAAAUAGUCUUCAGCAUUAAUUGGAUAGUUUCUUACAUUAACAAAGAUUAAGUAAUACUUAUUGUAAUGAAUAGUGUUAUUCAUUGUUAUGUAUGUAUUGAUUUAUAUGGUUUGUUAAAAGAAACACUAUUCACUUAUUAUUUCCUGUUUAUAUAUAGUGACAGGGAUUACUAUUAUUAUUAUUAGUGUAUUGUUUAAUCCUUUUUUAAGUUAUGUAAUGAAGAUUAUAUUCUUUACAUGAUCGAUUGAUUGAUUGUUAUUUGUUAAAUGAUUGAGUGAGUGUUGAAUUUACUUCUUGUUUUCUGUUGAAAUUUCAAAUAGUAAAUAAUUAGUUUUUAAUAGUUGAAUUCAUGAGUCAAUUGAAACUAGACCACCAUUGAAAAUCUGGAAGCACUGGACGACUGUUUCAUCCUAUUAUGGGACUCUUCAGCAGUGCGCAUUUACGAUCCCGCCUCCCACGAGAUUCGAACCCAGGACCUAUUAGUCCACGCAAGCGAGCGCAAUGCUGAGGAGUCCCAUACUAGGAUCAAACGGCUAUCCAGUGCUUUCAGGUUUUCUAUGGUGGUCUAGCUUCAAUGGACUCAUGAAUUCAGAUAUUAAAAAUUACUAUAAUAUCCACAAAAAUCCCUCUCCGACAAUAAUUGAUGCUUACAAUUUAUGAAUAUUUAAUGUUGUUGAAAGUAAAAUUUUCAUUUCAUUUCAUGAAUAGUACGUGAUAUUUUUUUGUUGAGAUUACUGAGUAUUUUUUCUUCUCCAUCUUCAAGUACUUUAUUUAUUUAAUAAAAUUAUUUGGUUAUCAUUUUACUUAUAUUGUCUCGUAAUGUGUUCUAGAAAUUAGUUGAUAAUAUUAUUCGAUAUCCUCCCAAAAGGAACUCGGCAGCAGCAGUCUCUGCAUCAGUAGGCCUCAGCAUACACAAAGGGAAAACUAAGGUCCUCAAAUUCAAAGCGGAGAACAGCAAUCCAAUCACACUUGAUGGCGAAACUCUGGAAGAUGUAGAGUCCUUCACAUAACUGGGAAGCAUCAUCGAUGAACAAGGAGGAUCCGAUGCAGACGUAAAGGCGAGGAUCGGCAAAGCAAGGGUCACAUUCCUACAAUUGAAGAACAUAUGGAACUCAAAACAACUUUCAACCAAUAUCAAAGUAAGAAUCUUCAAUACGAACGUCAAGGCAGUUCUACUGUAUGGAGCUGAAACUUGGAGAACUACAACAACCUCCAUCAAGAAAGUACAAGUAUUUAUAAAUAGUUGUCUUCGCAAGAUACUCAACAUCCAUUGGCCGGAUACCAUCAGCAAUAGCCAUCUG